UCCCCGGGGAUGGAGGGGAUGGAGGCGGCGCCCAGACCUGCUGGCGGCAGCCUUCUAGAAUCCCAAAGAGGGAGCAGAAUGGCCAGCUCCAUGGAGGUGACCUCAGCUGUGGAGAGAAGCAGCCCUGAGCCACAGCCGGAGAAUGGACACCUCCCAAGACCCUGGCCCUGCCCUGGAGAAGAUGGAACACCCAGCCCAAUGGCCCCCCGGCCUCCUGGGGCAUGGGGGAUACAGCUCCAGGGCCCCUCCGUGCUGGAGUGCAAGGUGAGGGCCUUAAAGGAGAAGAUGACAGCAGGCAAACAGGGGGCAGGCCCCGGCCUCCCUUCCCACGAGCGGCCGGCCCUCAAGAAACCCAAGAGCAGACGAGUCAAGGUGGGUGGGACCAAGCCUCCGUCAGAGGGGCCUUCCCCACCCGAGGCUGUGGUGGGCCAUCACACGCAGAACCCGAACGACAGGAGGCUGGACCACAGCGUCACUGAGAAGGAGCCAGCCAGGAAUGGGGACGCGGGGCCGCCCAGGUCUCCUGCCCCCGGACUCGAGUGCCGGAACAGAAGGAGCCCGUUGCCUCCAGAGGGUGUUCAAACAUGGCCUGAGCACGACAGAGCUCUGCCGCCCGGGCCCAGCUCUCUGCAAGAGGGCCCCAUCCACAGGGUCACUCCAGGCCGGCCGAGGGGCUCUGGUCCUUGUAACAAAACCACCCACGAGCUCACCCUGCAGAAAGGAAGGUCACACCCCCGGCAGGAUGGCCUCAUCGCCCGGGGAGACCCGGACGGCUUGUCUCCGACCUCCGAGGAGGACUUUGUCCCCAGGCCAGCCCUGCUGGGGGAUCUCUGGAAAACUGGGAACCUGGGGGCCCUGGGCACUGGGGGCAGCACCUUGUCCCUGUCUGACCGCGUGGAGAGGAACCGCUUUCUGCUGCAGGAGAUGCUAAGUGUUGCGGGGCAGGGCCCCUCCAAGGUGGGAGUCCCAGGCUGGACUUCAUGCUGGGAUAGAGCUGUGCCAGAGCGGCUAGCCGGGGACGUGGACUGGGACUCCGGCAUCUCCCUUCAGGACUCGGACCAGAGCAGGACCUUCGGUCCCAAGCCGGAGCCCGUGCUGAGCCCCAGGCAUGAAGAAGCCAAGCAUCUACUGCAGAGAGCCCGCAUGAAGGCCAGGACCCGGCCCGUCCGUGCCAGCCACGACAUCGUGCCCACCCUUGCCCUGUGCAGCCGAGAUGGGCGGAAAAGCCCAGCCCUGGACCCGAGGACGACCUUCGCCUGCCGAGACAACCUCCAGAACGGGAACACGAGCGACUCCUCCAGCGGGGAGUCCAGCAGCGGGCAGUGGCCGAAGCGGGGCGCCUCCCCGUCCCACGUCCGCUUUGAGGAUGAGUCCGCCCGGGACGCCGAGUCCCGCUACCUGGAGCGGCUGCAGCAACGUCAGCGCCAGGUGCUGAGCACGGCGGACCAGGGCCCCCUGCGCUCCAAGCCCGACCUCGCCGACUACAUCCAGCGGGGCUGCCGGCGCCGGGACGCGGGCGCGGGCGCUCUGCACUCGUUGCUGGGUGGGCUGCAGCCCCGGGGCCUCUCGGCGCCGCCGCCCGCUCGGGGCAGCGAGAGGAGGUGCCGAGCCUGUGGCCACUGCAUCACACCCGACCAGAGGAUCCUCCAGGAGCGCGAACCCGCCUGUGGGAGGGAGGGGGCGUCGGCGCAGCCCCUCAGCUCUGCGGGCCUGAGCGCCCCGUUCCGGCUCCUCUCCGCCGCCAAGCCCCGGCUCCACACCGAGUGGAUCCGGGAGACGCACAUCGGGGACCAGGCGCUUCCCGAGGAGGCGGACUCAGCCCUGGACAGCACCGACACCUCCGACAGCUGCCGGACCGACAGUGAGGAGGCCGGGACCUCUCAGCCCAGCAGGGCCCGCCUGCGCGCCCCCAGGCCUCGGGGAGGCCACAGGUGGUUGCGCAAGGCGGAGAUGGAGCCGCCCCGGAGCUCUCGGGCUUCGCACCAUCUGCCGGGGCUGGAGCUCCUGGAGGUGUCAGAUGAGGUGACAGAAGGCGCGGGCCAGACGAUGGAAGGGACUCUGCUCCCCAGAGAAGAUGCUUUCUCUAAGCCUCCUGUCCAGGACUUGAAGAGGGCUUUCCCCGGGUCCCCGUGGCAACCUGGACCAGGCCUGGAAAAUCACGGGGCUCACCCCGGGGCUUUUCAGACAGCCUACGCCAUCGCCUCUCCCAUGAAGCUGGGGUCCUCGGGGCCAGGCAAACAAGGCCCAGUUAUAGAAAGCCACGAGUCUCUGGGAACCGACUGCCCUCAACAGAGCCAGGCAGAGCCCUCUGCCCCCCACCAGGCCCUACAGCCGACUGCUUCCCUCUGCCCUGACGGCUGGGUGCCGACCCCUCCCUCUUCAGAGAAAACCGCCUCACCCGUGUCUCACAGGAAGGCAGCCCUGGCUGGGCUUCGCAGGCUGGGCAACCAGGGAGAGCUGGUGGACAGCCCCCUGCCUGCUUCCAGAAGCGCAGCUCCCAGGACCCGCGAGCUCACCCCGCCACAGCCCCAGCCCCACAGCCCCCAAGGCAGGCACCCCCUGCGGGCCCUGUCCACCAACAACUGCCACAGCAGCGUGCCCCAGGGGCUGCAGGAGCCCUGGGGAGGAGCCAUCCUCGUGGGGGAGAUGGGUGCCCGAAGCCAGGAGCCCGCAGCACCGCUGGAGGACCGCAGAGAUGGAGGAUCCCAGGGCUGUCUUGCCUCAGCAGCUGUUGGCACCAUCAGCUCCGUGGGCAUCACUUUCUCCCCUGCCUCAGAGGAGCCCGAGUCCAGCCAGGAAGCAGAGGGAGGCCUGCGGAGGGCAGAGCCGAGUUCUGUAGGGCACGUGUCAUCCCGUGCCUCGUCGGGGGUCAGUGCGGGCCCCAGCCCGCCCUCCGCCGCCGCUUCUGACAAGAGCAAGGGAAGCAGCGGAGGCAUUGCCUCUGCCCUGGGGCUGAAGAAGUUCUUCUCAGCGCUGAGUCAGGGCACGCGGCCCAAGAUGGCCAAGUCCCGCAGCUACAGCGUGGAGCAGCUGCAGCCCCCGGCGCCCGGCCCGGCUUCACACACUGGCACCCCCAAAGUGAAGAGAGCCCCGUCCUUACAAUCCCUGCAUCUGGUGUCACCCUCUCGCCAACAUCGGAAAGCCACCUCCUUUCAGAACCUCCAUUCUCUGCUGAGUGGCAAGGUGGACCGCUCCAACCUCUACCUGGUAGGGGAACCAGGGGGUCGCAGUGCUGCUGACAGGCCGGGCAAGGCGCCAGCCCGGCGCGCCCUCAGCGUGGAGGACGUGAGUGCCCCCGGCCUGGCGCGCCCCGUGGGCCGCCUGCUGGAGGUGUUCCCCGACGGCACGAGCCAGCUGCAGCUACAGCGCCCCCCGGAGGGCACUUUCGGCUUCAACGUGGCCUCUGGGAAUGGACGCCGGGACUCAGGGUUCUACGUGCAGGAGAUGGCUGACAAGAGCACAGCCAAGCUCUACUCGGGGCUGCUGGGGGUGGGGGAUGAGAUCCUUGAGGUGAACGGGGCCAAGGUUGCAGGGCUGGGCUUGGCUCACGUGAGGGAGCUCCUGGCCCAUGCGGAGAGCUUGUCAAUCCGGGUGCUGAGGCAGAGGCCUGUCCCACAGUGAUGCAGAGGUGCCUUGGCCCUCACUGUCACCCCCCGACCCCGCUGGAAACCCCGAACUGCCCCGGGGGUGGCUGGGAAUGUGCUUCACAAAGCUGCUUUGUCUACUGAAAAUGAACGCGGUGGCGUGCAGCCCCUCGGGCUUCUGUGACUGACCAUACUUGCAGAGGGAA